AUAUAUCAUUACUUGGUAUUAAAGAUCGUCCAACAUUAACAAUAGCUUUUGAUAUUUUAAUGAAAAAAAAACAAGAAAUACUCAAUAUAGAAACAGCUCGAAAAAUUUUUGCUUAUAUGAAUGAACUUGAUGGUCUAAGUCGAACAUUAAUUGAACGUGUAUCCAAAUUUGCUUUUAUUCCACUUGAAAGAAAUAACAAUUUUAUGAAACCAUCACAAGUUUUUAUUCGUUCUGAUAAUUCAAUAACAACAUAUGAUGAUGAUGAUGAUGAUGAUGAUGAUGAAAUAACACAAAUCAUUGGUGAUGGUAGUCGUAAACGAAAUAAUACUAAGACAACAACAACAUCAAAGAAUAAAAAAUUCAAAACAAUAUCAUCAACUCCAUUAAUUAUGGAUGAUACAAGUGGUUUAAUUGAUUAUAUUGAUUAUGGUUCUGAAGGAAAUUCUUUUCUUCUUAAUAUUGGUGUACUUCAUUAUCCAUCUACAACAACUUUAGUUGAAUUAUUAAUUGAUCGACAAGCAAAUUAUUUUUCAAAUUUAAAUCAAAAUAAUUUACAACAAAAAUUAUAUGUUUAUACAAAUUGUCUUCGACAACUUGCUAUUACAAUAAAUGAAUUACAAUCAAUGUCAUUAAUAAAAAGAUUAAAAACUAAAGCUUGGUGUUUAGGUUAUCAAGUUAUUGAUGGAUGUACAAAUAAUGAAAAACAACGUAUAUUUAAAAUUGUAUCACCUAAUCAAAUUUAUCUUGAUGAUGAUCAUCAAUGUGCUAUUGAUCUUCGACCAUUAUUACCACCUGAUGAACCAGAAUUAACAGAAUUAUAUGAAAAAUUUGGUGCAUCAUGGUUAUCAGAAUGUGUAAAAAGAACUUUAGUACAUAAAGGAAACAUUGCUACAUCAGAUCGAUGUAAUAAAUUACGUGAUUUAAUUCAAUAUCGUCUUGAUAUGUUAUUUGUUAAUAAUCGAGGUGAAGAAAUGGAAAAUCUUCAUGAAAAACAUGUUGAAAUGUUACGAACAAAUUUAUCUGUUUAUGAAGUUGAUAGUAUUCAAUGUCAAUUAACAUUUCAAAAAACAACAAUUACACUUGAUUCAACCAAUAGUAGUUCAUGUGUACUUGAAUAUGAUAAAAAUAAAGUUGUAUUAUAUUUUCAAAAACAUCUACGUGGAUUUGAUUAUAUUGAUAUUGCAAAUGAAUUAGUUCGAUAUGUAUUUAAAAAAUCACUUGAUACAAUUGUUCAUACAAUAAGUGAUAAACUUUCAUCACCAUUAGAAACACUUAAACGUCGUGGUAUACCUGUUGAUCGUUUACUUCAAUAUAAACAACGAGAUAUACGUUCAACUGUUGAAAUGAUUGAAGAAAAAUCUAAAUUAAAUCAUUAUUAUCAUGAAACUCAUGUUAAAAUAAAUGGUUGUAUAGAAGAUUUUAAUUGUCAACAAACAAAAAAUGAUACUAAAUUAUUUUCAAUAUUAAAACAAGGUCGAGAAUAUACACAAACAAAAUUUAUUCAACAAGAAUAUAUUAAAGAUGAAAUUGAUCAUUCAUGUGAAAUUGUACCAUCAACUAAUAUGAUACGUUAUAAAGAUUUAUUUCAUUCAAUACCAUUAUAUAUUGAAGAAAAUAUUCUUAUUACAAAUAAAAUGCUUGAUCAAGCUAAACAAUUAGCUUGGAUUUUGAUAGAACUUGCUAAUCAUGUAUUUAAAAUACCUAUUGAAACAUUACAUCUUUAUCGAGAUAUUAAUGGAGCUCGUAUUGCAUUUAAUGAUCGUCAUGCAUUAUUUUUUAAUCUUCGUUAUUAUGAACAAGUUUUUGCUGACAAAGUUCAACCAUAUUUACAAGCAACAACAUCAUCAUCAUCUAUAUCAAUGAUACAUACAAUUGUUAAUUUUUAUUAUAUAUUAAUAUGUCAUGAACUCGCACAUAAUAUUGAAAGAGCACAUAAUUCGAAUUUUAUUCAUCAUUUGCAAACAAUUGCAGUUAAAUUUAUGACAGAAAAAGAUUCAUUCUUACAGAAAUUUUCAUUUCAAAAUUAUUUAUAA